GUUUUAUUAAAAAGUGAGCUAUGUUUGGAUAGUCUAUAGAUGCGCAUGGUUAUUAGUGGAGUGUCAUUUAUCGGCGCAUAGUAGCAGUAGCAGUGAUUUGCAUCGCCCGGAUCCAUCCAUCAUUCAAAGUCCAGAAUUGCAGACAGAAAUGGGAGCUGGUGAGGUGGGUUGCUCGAGUUCAAAUCUUUGGUUAGCUCAAAACCCCAGCAAAAGAUGGGGUGAACUAUUCUUUCUGAUUUACACACCUUUCUGGCUCACUCUCUGCCUUGGCAUUGUCGUUCCCUACAAACUCUAUGAGAAUUUCACAGAGUGGGAGUACCUGUUUCUGGGACUUGUUUCAGCAUUGCCUGCUUUCAUAAUACCGAUGAUUUUUGUUGGAAAGGCAGAUCGUAGCUUGUGUUGGAAAGAUCGUUAUUGGGUAAAAGCUAGUGUCUGGAUCAUUCUCUUUAGUUACGUCGGAAAUUACUUUUGGACCCACUACUUUUUUACAGUAUUGGGUGCAUCAUAUACAUUCCCGUCGUGGAGGAUGAAUAAUGUGCCACAUACAACCUUCCUCCUCACUCAUGUGUGCUUCUUGUUUUAUCAUGUUUCUUCAAAUAUGACACUUCGCAGAAUUCAGCAUUCUAUUGCUCACUUGCCAGAGAAAACACAGUGGCUCUUUAAGGCUGCCUGGAUUUUAGUUCUUUCAUAUUUUGUAGCAUAUCUGGAGACUAUAGCCAUUUCCAAUUUUCCCUAUUACGAAUUUGUAGACCGGGCUUCCAUGUACAAAGUUGGCUGCUUGUUUUAUGCAAUUUAUUUCUUCGUCAGUUUCCCUAUGUUUUUGAGGAUUGACGAGAAACUUAGUGAUGAUGCCUGGGACUUGCCCAGAGUGGCUAUUGAUGCUUUAGGUGCUGCGAUGCUAGUUACCAUUAUACUCGACUUAUGGAGAAUUUUCCUUGGUCCAAUUGUGCCGAUUACAGGAUCAAAACAAUGCCAUCAACCGGGGCUUCCGUGGUUUCCUUGAAGUACAGAAGGAGUAGCAUGUAAGCAAGAAAUGUUCAUUUUUCUUGUUCGUUCACAUGGACACGUUCUCUUGUAGCUUUUGUGCAUGUGUGGCAUCCGGUUAUUCUUGGUAAAUUAUAGAUUGUGCCUCUACCUUUUAUUGUUUUUCAAAAAAAUAUUAUCUA